AUGUUCAAGUUCAUCUUAGGCGGUGGAAGCCAAAAGAAAACAGACGUCGGUGUCGGUGUCAGUGGCGGAGAAGAACAAGAAGAAGGUAGAAUCAGCUGCGGAACGGUCAUGGUGGAUCGCAUAGAUCUGCAGAACUUGCCCGAAGGAUGCAUAGCGAACGUUGUCUCGCUCACCACGCCUCGAGAUGCGUGCAGGCUGUCUUCGGUUUCGAGGAGUUUCAAGUCGGCCUCUGAAUCUGACGCCGUUUGGGACAGAUUCAUUCCGCCCGAGACCCACACGAUCUUGUCCCUACAGUCUCCCUCCUCUUCCUCCCCUUCCUCCACUUCCAAUUCCAAAUCCAAAUCCAAGAAGGAGCUUUACCUCACUCUCUGCGACAACCCAGUCCUCAUCGAUCAGGGCAAGAUGAGCUUUUCACUGGAAAAAAGCAGUGGGAAAAAAUGCUAUAUGAUCUCUGCAAGGGCGCUUUCGAUUGUCUGGGCUGACACUCCUCACUACUGGAAAUGGAUUUCUCUGCCCGACUCCAGGUUUGAGGAGGUGGCAGAGCUUGUGAGUGUGUGUUGGCUUGAAAUCCGUGGCAAAAUUGGUAGACGGAUGCUGUCCCCAUCCACCCUAUAUAAAGCUUAUCUUGUAUUCAAGUCGACCGCAGGCGCUUAUGGAUUUGAUCACCAACCUGUGGAGGUCUCGGUUGGGAUGCUUGGAGGAGAAGAGCCCACCAUGGGCAGAGUCUUUCUGGACGCAGAAAGAGGGCAGAAUACAGCGAACCACAUUGCGCCAGGGCCCAGGCGUAUUGGGCUAAUCAACAGGAGACACUUUUUGGGCUAUCAGUCAUCCCAGCCCAGAGAGAUCAACGAGGCCCAAUAUCCGAAAGAGAGAGACGACGGCUGGCUGGAGAUCGAGCUGGGUGAGUUCUUCUGCCAAGGAGGAGGAGACGGAGGAGAUGGGGAGUUGGAGAUGGCUUGUUUGGAGGUUACCGGUGGUCAUUGGAAGGGUGGCCUCAUUGUUCAAGGGAUUGAGAUCAGGCCCAAAGUCAAGGACUAG